UCUAGUUUCCAAACCCUACUGAUUUUCAAAUUUUCAUUUUCAUUGGCUUCAUGUAUUGAGUGGUUCCUCCUCCUCCUCCACCCUUUCUUUUUUCCCUUAAAAAAAAAAAAAACUUGGCCAUUCAAUAUACUGUAUCUUCAAUCUUGUUGAGUUUUGGUAAUUUUUCCCUUUUUUUUUUCGUUUCAGGAAUUGAGUGAUUCUCUACCACUUUUUUGUUAUUUACUUAGCGAUCGAUCGAAUUCGUUUCAUCAAUCGGGAUGAUCUGAAACCCCAUUAGUUUUCUUUCUCGUAUUUCCAUUUUUUUUUAGUUUCAACAAUGAAGUGAUUUCAUCCCUUUUCUCUUUCUCUUUCUCUUUCCUCCUUGGUGAUCAUUGAAGCCUUUCACGGUGUAUAUACAUUAUGCGAAAUUUUUCUUGCAAUCAGUGUGAUUUUGUGAGCGAAAUUGUUAUUAGAUUUUAAGAAGGAGAUGGCCAGAUGGGGUUUCCAUAAAGCUCAAAACUAAAUAUUUGGAUUUUUGUCAGAAAUAUUGAGGUGUUCAAUUCGGUCGGCUUAUCGAAAUUACAAUCUCGGAGAGAUGAGUUGCUUUCCUUGUUUUUCAUGCAACGACAAGAAAGCAGCACCGAAGAAGCCCAAACAAGGAAUUAGGGCGCAAAUGCAGCCAUGUCAACCUCAAAAGGAAGCCCUACUUCCUCGGGCCCACCCUGAGAAUAAUUAUUCUUCAAAGCCAAACGAGGGAAGACCAAAUAAUUAUAGUAAUGUCAACAAAGACGGCGGCAGCAAUAACAUCGCUGCGGAAACUUUCACCUUCAGGGAAUUGGCCGCCGCCACAAGGAACUUUCGGCGAGAAUGCCUCAUUGGUGAAGGUGGUUUUGGAAGAGUUUAUAAAGGAAAACUCGACAAAACCAACCAGAUUAUAGCUGUGAAGCAGCUGGACAGAAAUGGAUUGCAGGGAAAUAGAGAGUUCCUUGUUGAAGUGUUGAUGUUAAGCCUCUUACACCAUGGAAAUCUGGUGAAUCUUAUUGGAUAUUGUGCGGACGGAGAUCAAAGAUUAUUGGUGUAUGAGUACAUGCCUUUGGGUUCUGUAGAAGACCAUCUUCUAGAUCUAGAACCUCACGAGAGGCCGUUAGAUUGGUCUGUGAGAAUGAAAAUAGCAUUGGAAGCAUCCAAAGGUCUAGAAUAUUUGCACGAUAAGGCGAAUCCUCCAGUGAUAUACCGAGACUUGAAGGCCUCAAAUAUAUUGCUGGACAAGGGGUUUCAUGCAAAGCUGUCGGAUUUUGGACUGGCCAAGCUAGGACCCACAGGAGACAAGUCUCAUGUCUCCUCCCGGGUUAUGGGAACCUAUGGCUAUUGUGCCCCAGAGUAUCAAAGAACUGGCCAGCUCACCGUCAAAUCUGAUGUCUACAGCUUUGGUGUGGUUUUACUCGAACUCCUCACGGGAAAGCGAGUCAUUGACAACACCAGACCCACCCGCGAGCAAAAUCUUGUUUCUUGGGCAAGACCAAUAUUCAAGGAUCCUAAUAGAUACCUUGAGCUGGCCGAUCCCCUUCUCCAAAGAAACUUCCCCGUCAGAGCUUUCAACCAGGCAGUGGCAGUGGCCGCCAUGUGCCUUAACGAGGAACCCUCUGCCCGGCCAUUGAUCAGCGACGUCGUCACCGCCCUUACUUUUCUCGGCACAGACUACGAAGCCGACCACCCUCCCCCUGCCACCGACAUUAUUCCCCCGUCACCACCGCAACAACAUUUUAACCUUCUUGAUAAUGACACCAUUGUCGAACGUCAACAAGCCGUUGCUGAGGCUAUAAAAUGGGGUUCGGCUUCAAGGAAUAAUGCUGUCCAUAGAGCAAAUGCAGGUGCAAAUGCUUCCUCUUUGUAAAAUGGUAUAUGUUAAACUCCAAUUUGUAUACACAUGAUGCAAUACCGUGUAUGCAUCCAAUAACUAUGCGUGAUCGAAACUUUGAAUAUA